CUCCAGUGUUCAUUCAGAACUUUGCGUCCGUCCAAAUGUCCAUCGGAGGCCAAACAAUACACAUUUAAUUGGAAUCUACGUCAAGCAACCUCGGGCCGGCGCGUGAUCGAGAUGGCAACCAGUGGACCGAGCGCCGCCGCCGCCGCUCCCAAGGACUCGUGGCCGGAGGUUGUGGGCAUGUCAUCGGAGGAGGCCAAGAAGAAGAUCAAGGAGGACAAGCCGGGCGCCGACGUGCAGGUGGUCCCAGCCGACGCCUUCGUCACCAUGGACUACAGCACCGGCCGAGUCAGGGUCUUCGUCGACUCCAACGACAAGGUCGCCAAAGCUCCCCGGAUCGGCUAGCUGGAUAGGAGGGACAUGCAUACAUGCAGCAGGUGCCAGCUGCCAACGUGCAUGGAAUUAUUUAUAGUUUUGUAUGAACAAUUGAUAAAUAAAAGGCAAGGUGUAUCCGUGUAUAUAUAUGUGAUAUUUGUGUACCUACUA